GAACCUUUGGCUGCAUCCGGCCGACGAAUCUCUUAUCUAGAGCUAGGUCUAGGACUUCGCUCUAUUGGAAAUGCGUGGAGACACGCAGACGAUAGACCUAGCCGUAGCCCUGGAAGCCCGUUUCGGACACGGCCUUUGAAGCUCGUUAAGUUUAGAGUUACCGCGCAAAGAGUGUGGGUGUCGUGCAAGUAGGGCCUACCGUUCCUUUCACGGCCAAGUUUUGCUGAAUAGUGUUCAUCUAAAGUUUGGAUAACUCUUGGGCACCAUGGAGGAAUCGGUUUUGUCCACAAUGACCAACAGCAACCAUGCCAAUGCAUCGUUGACGCAGUCAGACAGGUAUGCCAUCGCAUUUCAGCUGGUCACCCAGCUGGUUGAGGCACCACCUGAGGCUUUCGCCAAGAGAAUUGCCGUCCUGCGCAACAUCAAGGAGGCCUGGGAGAACAGGAAGGAAGUUGUCAUGGUAACAGAGGAGGAAAACGUUGUGUCUUACAAAGCAUUACCAGAACGUGAAGAACUUCCAACCCCUGUCAGCCUCAUCAAACAAGAAUUAAAUGAACCAGCGGUGCUAGGAACUGUGGUCUCAGAAUACACAAGAAGCAACCUGGAUGAAGACACCUUAUUUGAAAAACUGGGAAGUUUGCGAGCGGAAGUGAGCCUCCAGAAAAUCAAUCACGGCGACGGAGCAUUCUCCACACAAGCAGGUGAGGUGGAUUCUACAAUAAGAGAGGAGGAGGAUUUUGAGGUGGCUGAGAAUGACCUCAAGGCCGAAAGGCACCUUGAGGAGGAUCUGGCUUUGAAUAUGGAUGAUAGUCCCGAUGACUAUCAUGUUAAUGUGAUGAGAGAUCGUCACAGUGAAGUUGAGAACACCAUGGAAGGUAUACGUACCAGCACUCCACCGCGCUCCCCUCAAAAGCGACGCUCAUCAGUAGGUAUUGGCAGGGGACGAGCAUUAUUAAAUGACCUUGCGACUAUAAACAAGACAGCUCAGCCCAGAGGCAAGGCCUCGUCAAUGUCAAAGAGGCCUUUUCCGUGUCCAAUUUGCCCUAAAAGGUUCAAGCAGAAGAGUCAUUUGAACGAGCACGUUAGAAGGCAUACUCAGGAUAGGCGCUUCCCCUGCUUGGUAUGUAGCAAGAGAUUCUUCACUGCUCGUGAAAUGAGGAUGCAUAAUCAGAACAUCCAUCUCAGAAGGGCUGCCACUGAAACUAGUCCUACAUCCAACCUCAAGUCUGGUCAUCCAUCGCCAGGGAGGGAACCGAACUCCAACACGACAGCAGUCAGAUCUCAGAAGGUAAACAAAUGGCAACAAUCUCUCUCUGAGAUGCCAUCUACCAGCCAGCACAAGCCUGGAACCAGAGCAGCCAAGGAGGGCCGAAUAAAGCCUGUGAGCAUUUCCGAGUCGCCCAGGAUGAGCCCAGAAAUGAAGCAGUCCUUUUCAUGUGAGGUUUGCAAGUUCAGAUUUGCAACCAAGUCAGCACUAACCACUCACAUGAUGAAAGGCCACUUCAUGUGUCAAAUCUGUGGUAUGGUGUGUCUGAGUAGAAAGAACCUCCUCAACCAUCAGAAGGUACAUGCUGGCAAAGAUGCACCGGAUCCCCCUAAAUCGGCUGUUAAGCGCGCCCCCGCACUUGCGACCAGGGUCAUCCGCAAAAAGUAUGAGCGACUCCGAGUUAACAAGAAAGUCAAGGGGGGCUUCCAGUGCACAGUUUGUCACCAAGUUCUACGGACCGCUCAGGCGCUCGCAACCCAUCAAGAAUCUCACACAUGUAAGGUGUGCUCCAAGGUGGUGUCAUCCAUCAGUCUCCACAUGCGCGUUCACACUGAUGAGAGGCCGUUUGAGUGCCCCCAGUGCUCGGUGCAGUUUAAACAGAGGGCGCACCUCAAGUACCAUUGGAUGACCAUCCACCACCGAGAUGUCUACGAGUGCCAUCAUUGCAUCAGGUUUUUUCUGGAUCCAGAGGAGCUGAAAGACCAUGAGCUGAAGCAUAACAAGGCAGUUGUCAAGCCCAAGUAUUUCUGCCGAGUGUGCGGGAGAGGUCUGUCCUCUCCUGGUCAUCUUGCGAAGCACGAGAGGUUACACUCCAAGAAGAAGCCACUGUCUUGUGUGCCAACACAUCCUAAGAGAGGACGAAAACCCGUGGGCACAAAGAAGCUUAAAACCUUCCGAUGUCAGUACUGUACGAAAAAACUCAGAUGUAAAAGCCACUUGGAGGAACAUGAGAGGAUCCAUACUGGAGAGAAGCCCUUCCAGUGUGACAUCUGUGGUGUUUACUUCAGGACGUUGUCUUCCUGCAAAAGUCACAUUAGAGGUGUUCAUAAGCAGCAGCUACCGGCUGGUUGUGGGAUCAAUGAUGUGAUCAGGAGCGAAGAUCACAGAGUGGCAAAAACGUCAGGCCAGGGUUCCCGAAUGGCCAGUCCCAUCAGAGCCCCUAUGAGUGAAGCGCCCAGAUCAGACGAGGCUGAGGCAGAGUCCAUUCCCUGGGAGCCACUGUUCAAGUGUCACUUCUGCGACAAGACAAGUCUCCGCCAGACCUGUAUCAUUCAGCAUGAGAGGCAACACACAGGAGAGAGGCCAUUUUCCUGCAGAUGCGGCAAGGCAUUUCCGGCUGCAUCUACUUUGAAGAAGCACCAGCGUGAUCAUUGCACUCUUGCAAAGGAAGGAAACCGAUUUCUCUCAGGCUGAAGCUAAACAGGCUCUGUCAAACCUAUGUCACCAGUUAUAGCCAUGCACUGAAGCAAGUCAAGUGCACAGGUACUGUACAUAUACGGUAUACUCAUGUACUUAAUUUUUACUCUGUCAAUAUGGAUUGUAAGGGGAAACUGGAAGAUACAUGUACCUUCCGUCGUUCAUUCCCCCUUUGCUCAGUUGCUAUGCCAACACAUUUAGACAUAGCAUCAGCUGACUAUGUUAGCAAAUGUUAGUCUGUGCUCUGCAACUGAAAGGUGCACAGCACCAAUCAAAUGUACAGUAAAGUUAGCAGUAAAAGUGAUACAAAAUCAUAACUUGUUUGAUUUGAAAGUUAGGAUAGUGGAUGUGUCAUUUGUUAGUGAUCACAAGAAUUAGUUGAUGAGGAUUCUGAAAAGUAACAGAUACAUGUACAGUAUGUUUUGGACAGUCUGCAUUCUGUCGAUGGACAGAGCAUACUGUCCAAAACAUCGAGCACUCCUGUUCUUUCCAGAACCCCAGUCAUUCUGAUAAAAGAAGUUAGAGGGUUAAUUUGUCUCUUCAUCAGAACUUGUUCUUAAGAAUUAAACAUGUUUUGGUGUAAUAAUUUUGAACAGAGCUUUGUACACCCUUUUUAAUGAUCAGCUGGGUCAUGGUGUUUGGUAAACUAAAAUCUUUCAAUCUAAUUAAUCUUGUUGCGUCCUAAUAACAUUUCCAACCGUAAAAAAAUUCCUUUUAAACAGCCUGAUAUUUUUGAUAACGCUGUAUGUGUUUUGUAAUUGUGUUUUUCUAGGAUGUACAUAUAAAUUGUACCAUACAUGCCAUCAGUCUUCCCCCCGUAUGGCACCAUAUUGGACUUAAUUAUUCUUUUCUCUAAAAUUGUGGAUACUUUAUUAGCUUUUUUUUUUAAUUAUGGGUGUAAAUGCAUUGGGGCCAAAGGUGUUGGAAUUAUUGAGAAUGAAAUGUCCAUUCAUUUUGUAUUUUCUUCAAAAAUUCCCGGAAAUUAACUUUUCCAAGAUGGCACAGGUUUGGUCUUGAUUUGAGUCUAUGAUUCUACAUAGCUGUACAUAUCGGUUUUUUUCCAAAUUUAUAAGUGUAUUUUUUUAUCAUGUGUUUCAUUAUUUUAGCCUACAAUUUGUCAGUUGAAAAACUGUUUAAGAAGAGAUUUCUUUGUACAAAAAGGUAAGGCCACCAUGUUGUGCAUGAUUAGCUAAAGUUCCUUGUGAACUGAAAGACUCUUAUAAGAACUUACUGUAGCAUUAAUGCAAGCAUGCCCCCCUUCAAGCAUAGAGGGAGGAGAAGUCAGGCUAUUUCAGCAGUAUUUCAUAAAACAAGAUCGUUUGAGAGCAUCGAACAUGUGAUCACGCCACGCCAGCUUGACAGUACUGUACAUCCAGUCAUCGUAUAUCUGCGCCAAUGUUGUGGAUAGGCCAAUGAUGGGACUCUCUUCAUUUGGGGCACGUUGAGAUAUCCAACUUGUUUAUUCAAAGAAAUCUCUUUUUUACAGUGCUAAGCACAUAGAGGUACUGAAAACUGGUUUAUUUAACUUGAUGUAUUGGGACAUGUAAAUGUUACAGGUGCGGUCAUCAUGGAUUUGUGUCACUCAUGGGAUGGCACAGUGUUUUCAGUCUGUAUAAUAAGAAUUUAUCGAUCCCGCUACUGCCCUGCCCAUUCGGGACUCUGAAAAAAUUGCUUGGACGAAAUUCUUAAACCUUGCAAGCGGUAAUGAGAACUAGUGUUGUAGUUGUCCAAGAUUUGGUUUCUGCAACCCAGUUUUGAGAUGUUCGGGUGAAUUUCUGGCUCACUUGAAUAUGAGAAAAGGUUGUGUAAACAACAAUUUGAGAUGGAAAAGCUAAGACUCGAAAUUGAUGUUUAAAACCCAAAACCUUUUUAGGUUGGCAAGGCAGGAGCUUGGAAGCUAGUGUCUAAACUCUCACUGGCGGUGAUAUUUGACCCAGGCAAUUUUAAGAGUGGAAUUAAGGACAAGGGGUUUGAAAUUGUCAAUGAUAAGCCUGUGUACAUAGCGGAAUAAUAUGGCAUUACUGUUAAUUAAUGGCUAGCCUGUGUGUGUAUGCACACUACUCAAAUAAGUUAAGGACUACUUUUUUUUCUUAACUUGUAUUUUUUUUCCAAGCAAUGAGUGGGGUAUAGUUUUUUUAUUUUUUGUUUGUCUAGAUGAUGUUCUCAUUGGAAUAAAAAACAAUUUAAAAGUAUGCAAUGAUGCAAGAGGCAUUCAGCAGUAAACUAUCCCAUAAAAAAGUAUACACAGAAUAGAACGUGGUCCUUAACUUGUUUGUGUUGUAUAACUAGCUUCAUGUAAUGGCCUGGUACUGAUGACAUGAAUAUACCUUAGCUGACUGACGGAUGAGUUGUCUUAUUUGACCUGUGUUCAAUCAGUUUAGAGACUUCAGUAACUAUGUACAAGUAGCUCGCAUGGGUAUCUUAGAGUCAUUUUGUGCUCUGAGGGUGACAGUCCGUGGUUUUAUUUUCAGACACAUGUAGAGGCUAGGCUUGGAAUCUUCCCGGUGGCAUUCUUUUGGACCUUGAAUGUUGAGAACGGUGACAAAAAGUGGUGGAGCGUAAUUUUUGGAGAACUCUCAUGACAAAAUAAAGUUUACUCAAGCCACAUGACUCUCCAAAGGUUGAAAACGGGAGGAAACAAGCCCAGUUCUAUAAAACUGCAAGAGGUCAUCCGAGUGUAAUUGUUACUAAGGUAUUAAUGUACAUGUGGAUGAUUUGUAAUUAACAAAUGUAAUUUUAAUUUCUGUGAGCCAUGUUGUGAUUUGUUUUAAGGCGGUUUAACUUAAAAAUACUCGAAAAGUUGAAUGUUCCUGCGCACAAUGAAGAGGUAAGAUUGAGGUUGACUGUGAGGUUUAGGUGGAAUGGAUCGCGCCAUUUGUUAUUUUUAUUUUGGUCAUGGUUUUAUUUCUGAUAAAACGUCUCAAUAAAUACAUGUAUCACCUACAA